AUGCCGCUCCCUUCCCAGCCGGCCGGACAACCGCAGCACCAGCAGCAGCAGCAGCAGCAGCAGCAGCAGCAGCGACAGCAGCAAUAUCACACUCAUGCCCAGCCCCAGCACCAGCCCCAGUAUGCGCAAUACCACGCUGCUGCUCAACCAACACAGCACGACAAGUCGCAGUCGCAGCAGCCAAUAGGUCGCAGCCAGUCUGCCUUCAACUUCUUACUCAACAAGGCGAAAGCGCCCUUCUCAUCGUCAUCCAGCUCUACCAAUCUCAAUGCUUCCACAUCGCUGUCAUCGCUCGCCACCCAUCAGGAGGAUCCUUUCGAUGACACCACCAAUCAGAUUCACUACCAUCGACAGCUUCAACAAGAUCACGCCUAUCCAGAUGCUCCUUCCACCUCUGCACAGAAUCGCAGGAUUCUGAGCUCCAAUUUUGACAAGACUCCUCGAUCGAAUCAACAACAACAACAAUUGCAGCAACAGCAGCAGCAGCAGCAGCAGCAGCAGCAGCAGCAGCAGCAGCAGCAGCAACAACAACAACAACAACAGCAGCAGCAGCAGCAGCAGCAACAGCGAACAGAUCCGAACACGGGUUCGUAUCCGGCUCGGCCUGGUGCCUUCUCACGUCCGAGCUAUUCAGAAGAGUCUUCUGCCGCCGUUGCCAGCCCCACGAAACGUGGUUUCUUUGGAGGUAUCGGUCGCGAUCGAAAAGCCUCUAACGCAUCUCUCAAGCAACCUCCACCACUCAAGCCCAACUUCUCCCACAGCCCUCUCUCAAAAUCUCACCGUCAGGAGCCGUCCAUUGGCAGCAACUACUCCCAGUUCAGCAAGAGCUCAUCCGACAUUCGCGCCCAUCCCGACUUUUCGUCACCUCAAAAUCCUACGAUCGACCUUCCGCGGGUGCCCGCCAUCUACCAACAGCAGCAACACUCGCCUGCUUCAGCCGACCCCAACCGUUACCUGCGUUCUCCCAGCCCUGCGUUGAACUUCUCACGCAGCGUCGACGAUCUCAGCUCGGCCGACCACUCCGUUGCACCGCUGUCAGCCUCGCCAGGCUACGAUCAGAGCUCGUCGGUCCUUGCCUCUGCGGUCGCAUCCGGCUCGAAUGGAACAUGGGGUGAGCACGGCGUUCCUGGCGCUCACCAUGAUUGGCGACCCAGUGACAUGGGUACUCUCGCUUCGCCCGCACAGCAGCAUCCUGCGUCCGUCCAACGUGCAAAGAAGGGCCACCAGAAGCUCAAUUCGGUCGCAUCGCACCUGCAACCUUCCAGCAGCUCGGUACAGAUGCCACCCAACAACUGGAACAGCAUGUCGCCUCCCCAGCAUAGCUACAUGCAAUCCUCGACGCCCCAGCGCACCGAGGCAAGACAUGCUCGCAAGCUCUCCAAGCUCACCGGCAAGGAGACCGGUCGCGGUGUAGUGGCUACCACGCUGGCGGCUUCGCUCGGUCUCACCAAUCUUGGCGUAUCAUCGGCCUCACCUGCCCCGCUCUCGAUCCAGAUCGCGUCUGAGCCCGUGCCUCUCCCGCCCGGAGCUGUCUUCCAGGGCUUCCUCAGUCGCAACGCCAACAUCAGCCUCACAAUGGACCAGCUCAGCGGCAACGACCACGUCAGAGGCAAAGACAAAGAAAAGGACAUUGCCAAAGGCUGGAAGCCCUACCGCGCCGUGCUGCAGGACGGUCGUCUCUACUUUUACAAACCGCCCAGUAGUGUUUCGGACGAGGUCAAGGCGAUCUUUCCUGCCACCAUCGUUCGCAGCGUACCGCCCACUCCGGCUUCCUCUGCAUCCAUGACCAGCCUCAAUGCCGACAUGCUCAUGAGAAGCGGCCUGAGCAAGCACGAUCUGCUUUCGGCAACCUCGAGCACCACAGAGAUGACAUCGCCGCUCCCUUCACCCAGUCUACGACCGCGCAUUCCCGCCGUUCGGCAGAAUUCAAACAAAGCUGUCAACGCAUCCGCCGAAGCAUCAGAGACGCCUGUCGUGGACCCUGCAGCCGUGGACACAAAUGGUGCUGUGCUACGACUGUGGGCCAAACAGGGAAAGCAUCCAGACCUCGCUUUGACCGAGGCUCUCGAUGCACCGCGCGGAUGGAUUCAACGCAUACAAAGCGGAAGUCUCACGGCUCUGGCACACGAAUUUGUCAACGCUACUCAGCUGCCUACAGUAGAUGUGCAGGGGCCUGUGCCGAAUGUAAGACGUUCCAUCGCCUCGCCUCUCCUCGAGAAUCUAAAGGCGGAGGAAGCUAGCGAUAGGAUGGUCGAGUCAUUUGUCGUUACGGUGUUUGCGGCCAUCUACACGGGUUCAGAAGCACCAAAAGCAGCCAGGCAGAUUUGCUCGUUCAUCUCUGACGUUCGGGCGCGAGCCGAGGAGCUCCUGGCAGCAGCGGCGACGGGAGCAGUCUCGUCCGCGUCGUCGUCCGCGCUCAAAUCGAGGCUCGCCACGCUUUUCGAGGUUUCUGUGCGAGCCGGCGUCGGGCUAGACCCAGAUGGUCUCGACGUCGUCCGCGGUCUCGCAACAUUGCUACAGCUUGACGCAGUUGAUUUGGCGAAGAAAGUGGAUGCAUCGGCCGCGCCCGUUCUGGAUGUGAAGGUCACCGGCGCAGGCACAGCUCCCGACUGGAUCGCAACAGUGGCUGACAAGGGGGUGGAUGAAACUCGCUCAGACUUGCGCAAGCUGCGCGGCUCGCUGACUAUUUCGGAUGAUCUCUUGCUCGAGCUCGAACCCCUCGAGAUCGCGCAGCAAAUCCAGCUGUUCCACGCCGAUGCCUUGCGUAGCCUGAUCAGUACCCACCUCUCCUUAGGCGAAGUGCUCGAAGCAUCUAAGAGGCACAGGCAGCUCGUCUACGCUUUAAGCUUCGAUUCGCUCACCCCGCAUCCGCUCACCACUUUGGCGCUUCAGCAUCUGCUCAGCUCCAGCUCGAUCAGGGCCGACGGACCCAAUGCGGCUCAGAAUGGCGCUCGACAUCGCGCCUCGGUGCUUCGCCACUGGAUUGCCAUCGCAUCGUACCUGCUCACAUUAGGCGACAUCGCCGGCUGGAUGGCGGUGUGCACCGCCUUGUGCUCUCGAGCUGUGACUCGUCUCGAGCAGACAUGGCGGUAUUUGGCCGAAGGUGACCGUGUUCUUGUCGCCGAGGAGUGGGCCCCUAUCCUCUCGAGCAUCUCUUGGACAGAAGGCUUGGCCGUCACCGUGCGCCCUCGGUUCGUCGGUGAAAGUCUCGAGCCUUGCGUCACCCUGCGGGACGGUCAAAGAUCGGUUGCAAUUCCUUAUCUUGGCAACGCCCUCUGCCGCACACUCCAACAAUCGGAUUCUUCGAUUCCAGGCGCUGCAGACUCGGAUCGCGUCGAGCUUCUGGGUCGAGCGGAGGCCGCUUACUGCCUGUGGAUCUUAACGAAUGAGUGGCGCGCGGCUUGGCAGCGACUCGACAACGAAGUCGAGCUGAGUAUCGCCACACAAGUCGAGCCCUUGGCCGAGUACCAGGCAACACUUCAGUUGCUGUUCCGAGAUGCAUCCCAAGCCUCGACGCGCGAGUCAAAUAUGGAGCGGUCCUUCCGGCUUGAGCCCAAGGCGCUCGGCAAUCUCGAUCUUCGCGACAGGCAGAACCUGCUUCUCAGUGCCAAUCCCACCUUACCGCUUAUUGCUCUUCUAUUCCCACAACCGCUGCCUUUGCUGUCCCUGCUGAACGCCGCCGAAAUCGUAGGGGAGCUCUCGCGUCGCGACGAUCAACGUAUAAAUGUCGUAAAAGAUCCGCAGGCUACUAUCACUUCGCGCUCUGUGGCUCGUCCGACCCUGGCAGAAUCGCCACUCUUCCGAAACUCGACCUUCUCGCCUCCUCUCGGAGGUCGAUCCGGCCGAAGUACGGCGUUCAAUGGUGUCGUUGAAUGGUCAUCGAUGGCUCCGACUACGACUGCCGAUGACAAUCACAUCAAGAUUGGCAAUGAACUGGUGCUGCGCGUGGUACAAGAGUCCAACUUGUCGCUGCCCAACUCCCCAAUGAACAGCAAGCGAUUCUCACAGGACUUUGGCCGUCAUUCGCGACCGCUCUCGCAGAUCUCGAAACGAUCCAGCUUGCCCACGUCCAAUCGCAGCUCGGUCGUCGACAUCGUGAUGCCCCUGCAGGUUGUGGUCAAAGCAGCCACUUUGGAUCGCAUGAUCGACGUCCUCGUCAUGGGUAUCCAGCAUGUGACCCCAACGUCAUCCACCAAUGGCAAUGAUGCGACCGAGCCGCAGAGCGCUCCGGUGCGAAAAACGAAGCUGGUGAUGGACAUGGACGCCUACCGCAUUACCUUUUUGGCCACCUUCCGAAGCCUCUGCUCACCGUCAGAGCUCUUUGAGCGGCUGCAGAAACGAUUUUCCACAGCCGUCACCGCGAGCAGGGAGCUGUCCGGUGCCCACGAGUUCCGACCCUCGAGCCAGUUCCCUUCCUGGAUUCCUCUGAUUCCUGCAGGCAGCCAAGCCGAGCCCACUGACUGGGACAUGGUCUACCGCAUCCGCAUGGGCGUCAUCUUAGCCUUGCGCUUGUGGAUCGAUCGCUUCCCGCAAGAUUUCGUCGACGAUGACCUGCUGUACCAGCACACGUGGUCUUUCCUCCGUCAUCCAGAUCUCCAAGUCACUGCUGAGGAUCCCGAUCAGCAGAAAGUGGUCAACGCCCUCGCGCAGCUUCGAGCAAUGCUCGACGCCAGAGUAAUGGGCGCAAACUCGAGGCAGGAGGAACGCACGUUCGCUGCCACCAAUCCUGUUCAGAUCAACAACGUCCAUAACCAGACUGACUUCGACUUUGACAGGGCGAGCGCCGUCGACUUGAUAGAGUACCUCGAGUCUAUCGCCACCGUCUUCUUUGACAAGAUUGUCGAUCGCGACCUGCUCGUCGUCAGCGAAAUCUUUGAGAAGCAAGCGAGCCAUCCUGCUGCCUGGUUCAGCGUCAAGUCUGCUACAAGCAGCCCCAGCGACGACGAUAAGCCGGUCACCAACAUCUACACCAUGCUUGACGUGCUCAAAACGUCCGAUGGCGCCACCAAAGACGUCGCCAAGGACACGUCGUUGCAGCAGAAGCUUCCAUCCGCAGUUCGCGACGCCCUUGCGGCGCAAAGCUUGUUCCGAGGCUGGAUCGCCAUCCAUAUCAUCGAGUCGGGGAUCGGCCUAGAGCGCCGUCAAGAGAGGAUCUGCAAGCUGCUCGACGCCCUUUGGAUUUGCAGGGCGCGCAUGCUGAAGCUUAGGAGCGACGAGACAAGCUCAACGGUCUCGCAGGCCGGGACCACGACCAACAGCCUCGGCGACACGUCUUUGCCGUUCCGCGAACCGACAAUCGGUUCUUUCGUCGAGGCUGCUAUCGUCAACACGCUUGGUUCUUCCGAGUCGCGCAUCUUCCUGCGAGCAUGGCAAGGCGUAGCCGCGGCGCGUGGAGCCAAGGGUGACGGUCUCGACGACCUCGCACCGAAGCAGGUCGACUCGGCCAUGCGCUCGGCCGCUGAGCUUUCCGGUACACCGGACAUCGGCUGGAUCCUCGCUUGCCUCGCUGAAGCUGCCACCAAGGCUCCAAGCGCCCAGGCUUUGGCAGGCGACGUCGAGCUCAUUGACUUCGACAAGCGUCGCACCAUGUGGGCGAUCAUCGACGGCGCAGUCAGGGUUCGCCCUGCUUGCACUGUUGCAGAUCUGGUCGACCUAGCUGGGACCAGGCUGCGUCUGAUGCAAGCUGCUCUUACUCGAGUCAUUUGGGAUCGCCGAGCCUUCCGCGAGGAUGCGGCCAAUGAGAUGCGCAACGCCCCGCCGGUACGGUCCGACGCCAGAUUGCGUGCCGGCAGCUCGAGCAAGGCGCUCCCCGGCCUCUCCAAGCAGCAGCAGGACAAGCUACGCCGCGACCGCGCAGCCUUGGACAUGCUCAAUUCGCUGUCAUUGCGGCCGUCCAUCUCUUCGCGUGUCUCGAGCAUGCCAUCGAGCACUUCGAAAGCGUCCUUGUCUGCUACCACGUCGCCGGCACCCGGCUCUUCGCCGCUCCCCGCGGAGAAGGCCCUUGCAGCGCAAGCAAACCCACCCGACAAGGCCACCAUCCGUGCACGUCGGAUGACCGCCCUGUUCAAAGGAGCUGUCCGCCCACUCAUCACGCUGGAUAAGCCAGACACCCCAGCCAAGUCCAUUCCCGAGCUCAUGCGUCUGACUCCGCUGCAGAAGCCUUCCAUCGUCGCAGGCCUCGGAGGCGCUCGCGUCUCGGUUUGGAACAAUGCACAACGCUCCUUCGUGUUCCAUCUCACCUCGCAAGAGGGCGCAAAGUAUCUUUUGCAGACGCACAAUGCGACAGAACUUGCUGAAUGGGUCGGUCACAUCGAAAAGGCCUCUCAAGAGUAUGCUGUUAAAAGCCCUCUAGAUCCACGCAAGGGAUCUGCGCUCUCGCGAAGCAAAACGGGACCCGCACCCCUCUACGGCCGUCCGUUGGUGGAGCUUGUGGAGCGGGAGGGUCAUUCUGUGCCCACGGCGGUCGAACGCAUGUUUGCAGAGAUCGAAGCGAGAGGUCUGCGCGAGCAAGGCAUCUACCGCAUCUCGGGAUCGAAGAGCGCGGUUGAGAAUCUGCGUCGCGCCUGGGACCAACAGCCUGCAGAGUCGAUCGACCUCUCCACAGGCGAAUUCAGCGACAUUCACACCAUCGCCGGCGCCGUCAAAGGCUGGCUUCGUGACUUACCAGAGCCACUGAUCACCUUCGAUUCGUACGAUGAUCUCAUCGCCACCAACGCCAUGGACAACGACGAUCGUCUUUACGCCAUGCGUGACAUCAUCUGGAAGAUGCCCAAGUGCCAUUUCGAUGUGCUUCGUCGCACAGCAGAGCAUCUUGCACGCGUCGUCGAGGAAGGUGAGAUCAACAAGAUGCUUGCGCACAAUGUGGCGCUCGUCUUUGGAACGUCGCUGCUCAAUCCGCCGCCCGGUCCUUCGAGCGUCGCCAUAGGUUUUGGCAACCUCGGCAAAGCUGCUAAUGUGGUCAAGACGAUUGUGACGAUGCACGAGUGGCUCUUUGAGCCUGAACCGGAGCCAGAAGUCGAGGCAGAGGCGGAGACGGAGGCACAGCCUCAGAUUCAGCCGGCAGGCCAAGCAGAACUUGAUGACACUCAGACACUGGCGCGCGAUGGCGGCGCUGAUGCGACUUCUCGAAGUCCAGAGGAAAUGGCUUCUGCAAGGCCACUGGACUCGGAGCGCGAACGCACCGGAUCGAGUGCCGCUUCUGACGGACCUGUAGCCACGCCGACCGGCGAGUCGUCGACUCUCGGCGUUGCAGAGCAGCGACUAGCGGACGGGCAGGAAGGCGAAGAGGAGCAAGACGGCGAGCCUGUUGCCGAGCUCCCCGUCCGUUCCCGUCGCGGAGGACGAGGACGACCUCUGACGAUUGUGGGCCUUGACGGAUUGUCGGCGCUAGGUGGAACGGAUGACGUCGCCAGAGUGCUUGGUAGCGGCGAAGAUUCAAAUCUGGACAGUGUCAGCGGCCAUGUUGACGGGACUCUGUCGGCAAACGAGACCGCCGCUCCAAACAAAAUCCCGGAAGAGUCGCAAACGAUGACCGCAGCCCCUCGCAUCGUGUUCCCGACGAAUGUCGGGGGUCAAGAGGCGAACCAGGAGGAAGAUUUGCAAAGCGUCGGGGAUGACUCGAGCGACGUUGUUGCUGCAGCCGACGAGACGCAGCCGGACGUGGUUGGCGACGAAAGCAAUGAGCGGCCGGCCGGGUCGGAAGGUCGGGACGACGACAACACAGGUCUCACGGUCGCAUCUGAACGCCCGCGCAAGGCGCGCAGCACGUACCGGGACAGCGUCUUCACGUCAUACUCGAUCUACGCCGACUGCUUCGACAGCAUGAAGCUCGAAAGCCAGUCUUCGGCGGCGAGCAUGGUCAAACGUCAAUCGAUGCACCUUUUGGGUCAGCCUUCGCCGGUCGAAGGCGCUGUUAACGAGGUCAAAGCUGAUGACGCGUAA